GGAAAAUGUGCUCCUCUGCUCUGCGGCUCGUGUGUGUUAGCUUGCUGUUCGGCACCUCUCUGAGCUGCUAUCAGUGCUUCGUUGAUGUGCAGGACAGUUCUCGUCUGUGCUCCGGUCACAUUCUGACGGAGCACAACAUUAGAAACGUUGAUGCCUGCUUCAGGAAGCUGGACCAUAUGUUCAACCACAAUGAGAGGGUGAUCGAGGCUGGCAGAGUCGGCAAAGGUUAUGACAAACGGCUGAAGGAACUUUUGGAUGCAGAGAUCCUGCCCUUGGUUGAGGAAUUCGAACACAAACUGAACGAUGACACAGUGUAUGAGGAAAGGUUGCAGACAGCAGCAGACAAUUUCAUCGCAGCUGCCUCCAAACUGCCUAGAGUCUCUGGAUGUUUCCCUCCAUGUGGUUUCCAGAGUGAAGGUGCAGAGUACAACUGUGUUACCUGCCAGUAUGACAAAUGUGAAUUCCCUCUCGACUGCCCAGUUCAAGAAAUUAAAGUAAUGGAGAACAGCAGGAGCCGAAUGAGGUGCGACGUGCCGUUUCACCUACCAAACGACAUGGAGGUAAUCUGGAGGUUUGCAGAAGAGGUGAAAACGCAGCUUAUGGAUCAGUUUAAGGAAGUGACUUCAGGGGUAGACAGGCUUUAUUCCAUCCCGUCUACCAGCUUGCAGCAUCAAGGCACCUACCUGUGUGAGAUCUAUUCAGGCCAGCGCUCCAUAGUGAGACUGUUCUUCUAUAUAUCAGUGACCCCCCAGGUUGUGGCAGGCCACACAGAGCUGCAGGAGAUGUUCGACCUGUCUCUUCUCCCAGGAGGCCGGUUACUCCCUGCGCCUGGCGGUCCUCCUCCCCGCCGCCUCCUCCUGUUGUCACCGCUCCACAUGGCCUGUUUAACUGCUCUGCUGCUGCUGCUGUUCCUCUCCCUCGGGGCUCUGCAUUUGUCAAUGGUACCCGAACAAACAAGUCUGAUGGACGUGAAGAAUCAAGAUCCUGAGAGUUAGAAAGUUGUGAAAUGUUGUGAAUGUAGUGAAAUUAAAUAAUUUCACCAGGCCUCUGUUUCCAACACAGUCUUACGUCAUUGCUUUAGAAAAGCUGUUAGUGACGUCUUUCCACCACUAGAGGGCAGAAUGAGCGCCUUUAUCAUUGGUUCUUCUUUGUCAGUGGUGUAAAGAACAGCUGCCUCUACAUUCAAUUGGAGGUACUUUUUAUGCUGCUUGACACAAAUGAGGGCUCUGUUUUAAAAAGUCAUGAGUAAAGUCAUGAGGAA